CGUCCUUGUUAUGCAUUUCAAUCGUACUUAGAGAGAAUUGGGUUAGAAAAGAAAAAAGGAAAGAUGGUGAACGUUCGGAUAAAUACCGAUCGGCAAAAGUAUCCGGGCUCUCCAAAGACAGAAAUUGGAGAGAUCGACACUCGAGCUCCGUUUCAAUCUGUGAAAGCUGCUGUUAGUCUAUUCGGUGAAGUGGCCAUUUCCAGGCAGAGAAGUACUCCGAGGAGGUCUAAACUUUCUUCUGAGAAUAUCUUGGACAAAGAGACACAGCUGAUGUUGACCCAGAAAGAACUGAACAAAAUCAAGCAAAAGCUGGAUAGUGCGGAAACUACAAAAGAUCGAGCGAUCACUGACCUUGAAAGAGCCAAAAGAACAAUGACAGAUUUAAGCAACAAACUUGAAACAGUGAACAAGUCCAAGCGAUCUGCAAUUGAAAUAAAAGAUGCUGUGAAGCAUAAAUUUGAGCAACUUGAAUUGAAAAAAUCAAGUGGAGUUACUAGGAACCAGGAAUUAGAGCUGGCAAGAGAGCAGUACUUGGUAACGACUGGUCGACUUGAUUCAGCGAAGCAACGGCUCACGAAAAUGCGACAGGAUAUUGACGCUGUUCAGGAAGCAAAACUAACUAAUUUCCAACAGGCAGCAGAAGCUCAACGCUCAGCCAACCAAAACUCGGAAAGGGUUAAUGAACUCAAUAAGGAAAUUGCAACCAUGAAAGAAGCUAUUAGACAGUUUAGGUUUGCCACUGCCCAGAACCAGCAAGAGGUGGUAAAGAUUGCAGAAGAAAAAGAGGCAUUUAGACAAUAUUAUACAACUGCCAAAGAAAAUGCCCAGGAGAAACUUCAGGCCUUGAAGAAAGGCUAUGAUCCGGAGCUGGCCCGAAACCUGGAGGCGAAACUCAUUGAAACAACUGAAGAGAUCAAGGUUUUGCAGGAGGACAUGAAAAAGGCUCAUGCCUCUGAAAUGGACACAGUCAGAGUUGUAACCAAGGACCUUAAUGAGGCUACAAGGACUCUGCAGCAAGUUGCAGAUGAAGAAUGCUCGCUUCGAAGUUUGGUGAAUUCUCUGAGAGUGGAACUGGAUGAAGUGAAAAGGGAACACAAGGAAUUGAAGGAGAGGGAAGCAGAAAGGAUAGCUCUGGAAUUGGAAAAACAAAUUAAAGCCGCGAAGGAG